AUGACCAAGAACAACUUGAGGGCUCACUUGGCCUGGCUUUUGGAGCGUCCUAAUCCAUUAGAUCAAUUUGUGAUCCCGCAAGUUUCCUCGGAUGCGCAACUCGCCUCGACAGACUCCGUGAACGCUGAGCCCACGGUACAUCUCGAGACGAACAUUGGUCAACCCACCUCUGGCGCAUUAUCAGCAGAGGCAAUCCCAUCUGCUCUUCGGGCUGCGGCUCCUGGUAGUGAUGAUGUGCCGGCAGAUAAUAUAAUGGCCAUACUCCAGCUUGCAUCCCCCCCACCACGUAACAGGCUGCACGGCACACCAGGUACCAAAAGUUCGGUGGAUGUACCAGGUACUCCCGCAAACAGGAGCUCAAAGAAGAGGGCGCUGUAUAAAACAGAAUCAGAGACUCCUAAACUAAGAAUAAAACAACGAAGUUUGACGAGUAUAACUCCACCGACUAGUAGUAAUACUUCACAACGUGUGAAGAAGAGUGGGAUUUUUGGCUCGGGCCUAAAGCAUGAGGAUAUCGAGUCUAUUGACCUCACAAAAGACGUUGAGUGUCAACUUUCUUCAUCCGGUUCCGCGUCAACAUUCGGAGAGCCUCGGCGAUUAUGGAGGGAGGACUUCGCGUCUCGCUCUGGACCACAGACCAGCAGUAGCGAGAAGAAGAAACGGAAGAGCUCUGAUUUCGAGGCGGACCUCUAUCCCACAAAAAAACUAUCCUCUCCAUCCCCACAAAUCUGCACCUUGAAAACGGAUAGAAGGAUUUCGGAAAAUUCUAAAGGCCAUGCUGGGCAGCGAGUUAUUAAUGAUUCUGAGGAUGAUGGUGUUUACCUUGACCUUAUGGACGAAGAUGCGUUCUAUCCGGACCUUUCUCAACAGCAGGAAGAACAGGCUACAAAAAAACCUACUAAAAUUGACUCAAAGUCAGUAUCAAAGGCCGGCGUGCCAUGCUCGCCGCCAAUCUUAAGUUCUCGAAGAGAACCUGGAGCAAAUAACUGCCAGUUUUCCCUUACCGGAAGCUCUGUUCCAAGCGAGAGCACAGGUUCCUUGAUAGAGAGAUACCUUAGUACAUCUCCGACAUCCUUUCAUAGGGCCAUUAAUACCCUUAAUAGUGAGAAAGCAGGGAAGGUGGAAUCCACUUAUGAUCUCAUUCUGGAAGGGGUCGAGAGCCAGAAUAUGAUGAAGGAGGUUAUGCUCCUUGCUUCCAGAAUAAAAGCUAUAGAAGAGCUUCAACGGCUACAAAUUGAUUUUUGCUCUUCCAAAAAGAAACACGAGAAGUUAAAAUCAGCCCUUAUUGAAUGUAUUGAGCAGGUAGGUGACAUUCCUGACAACAAUAAGGUUGCUGAGAUUAGAGAGUCGGCGCAGCGAUUACAGGAGAUGGAAUCGAGGAUAAUUUCCUUAAUACAAGAAUCAGCAAUCUUCAACGACGAGGAAAUAGCCAUUUCAAAGGGCCCUAGAGGCUUAGAUCAGCAUAUGAAGAUGGACCAGGACCCGGAAACAAUCUCUCAAAGCAAAUCCACCAAACUACCACGAACUUCACUCACCGAGAAUGAUGGUCGCUAUCGUACACCUGCCGCAUCAUCACACACAGCCCCGACCCCGCUCCAAAGCCUCCAUUCUGGCGAAGCAAAGAACGGUGAUACCGUAAAGCCUCCCGUACCCGAACCGCGGUGGUCACAAGAGCUACCUUCUGCACCACGCAAUGCAAAGAGCCCCCAAAGUAGUUGGGACCCUGAAUUUGAUGAUGCUGAAGAUUUUGCGGAUAUGCUUGACGAUGAUCCUCCUUAUUCUAGAACAAUGGACACUUCAUAUGCUCCUCGAAUUACAGCAACAGCAUUUGAUUCUGACUCUGAUGAUCCACCGGCAUCCAAUCCUUUUGAUGAUAUUGAAGACGUUUUUGACUCCAAUAACCCAAAAGCUGCGCCCUCUGCCCCUUCUGAUCCGCAAUUUCCAAAUAGGGAGGUAUUUCGCGAAACUUCUGGAAACGAGUCAAAACCGCCGUCGGCAAAACAAACUGACCAGAAGGACCUAGGAAUGAUGCAUUCAGUUGAUGGUCAUCCUUGGAGCAAAGACGUGAAGUCUGCUAUGAGGGAAAUAUUCCAUCUCCGUGGUUUUCGCCCCAACCAACUUGAAUCAAUAAAUUCCACACUCAGUGGAAGAGAUACCUUUGUAUUAAUGCCAACAGGGGGUGGGAAAUCACUUUGUUACCAACUACCGUCUAUUAUCAAGACUGGGCAGACAAAAGGAGUUACGAUUGUGAUUUCUCCCCUCCUAAGCUUGAUGCAAGAUCAAGUCGCUCAUCUCCAAAAGCUCCACGUGAAAGCUUUUUUAAUCAAUGGAGAUGUGUCUAAGGAUGAACGCACCAGUAUAAUGAGCAACCUUCGAAGUCUUAGGGCCGACUCACAUAUUCAACUGCUUUACGUUACUCCUGAAAUGCUUGCCAAAAGCCGUGCCAUGGAAAGUGCUUUACUUCAACUUCAUAGUAAUAAGAAGCUAGCCCGCAUCGUUAUUGAUGAAGCACAUUGUGUCAGUCAGUGGGGCCACGAUUUUAGACCGGACUAUACUGCGCUAGGGAAAAUGAGAGAAAGGUACACGGGUGUUCCGGUUAUGGCAUUAACUGCUACGGCGACACCAAACGUACAGGUUGAUGUUAUCCACAACCUUCACAUGAAGGGCUGUGAUGUUUUCACUCAGUCAUUUAACCGACCCAACCUUACAUAUGAAGUGAGGAAGAAAGGAAGAGCUCAAGAUGCUCUCAAGGAUAUAGCGGAUCUUAUUACAACAGACUACUCAGGAAAAUGUGGCAUAAUUUACUGCCUCUCUAGAAAAACAUGUGAGAGAGUAGCUAUGCAGCUUUCAUCUAAGUUUGGCGUCAAGACUGCCCAUUACCAUGCAGGACUGAGUUCGAAAGAGCGGUUUGCCGUUCAGAGAGACUGGCAGUCAGGGAGGCAUACCGUUAUUGUUGCCACAAUUGCAUUUGGGAUGGGUAUAGACAAGGCUAAUGUGCGCUUUGUUAUCCACCACUCCAUUCCGCAGAGUCUGGAAGGGUACUAUCAGGAAACUGGAAGAGCUGGUAGAGAUGGCAAGCGAUCUGAAUGCUAUCUUUAUUAUGCUUACCACGACUCAGUUUCGAUAAACUACAUGAUCAAUAAAAACAAGGAUACUACUCAGGAACAAAAACAUCGUCAGCGCCAGAUGCUGCGCCAUGUUACUCAGUUUUGUGAGAACAUCACGGACUGCAGACGUGUUCAAAUUCUAGCAUACUUCGAUGAAAAAUUCAAACGGGAAGAUUGCAACAGGACGUGCGAUAACUGCAAAUCUGACUUCACUUUUGAAAUACGUGAUUUCACACAACAUGCUGCUGCUGCUGUAAGGCUUGUUGAAAAGGUUGAAAAGGCAAAAGUGACAGUUUUAGCUUGCGUUGAUGCCUUCAGGGGUUAUUCACGCUCAGAGCUCUCACAUCUUCCGGAGUUCGGAUAUGGAAAUGACCUUGAACGUGGCGAUGUUGAGCGAUUAUUUCGACAUCUCCUUUAUGAGGAUGCGAUUCAAGAAGAUAACGUCCCCAACCAGCGAGGAUUCGCCGUUCAGUAUGUCAAACCGGGACCCAAGGCACAACGAUAUAAGAAUGGUCGCCACAAAACCGAGCUUCCUAUUCGAGUAACCCCAAAUACGACUACACGAAGAAUGGACACAAGUUUCACUGGUGUUCGGGCUGCGAGAGAUGAGCAUCCAGAAUCAACUAAUGUUUCUUCUCCAAUUCGAGGCCCAUCUCGCUUCCGAGCGCGGAACCGAAGAAGCAACAAAGCAGAAGAAGACGAGGACGAAGAUGAGGACGACAGUGAUGGUUUUGCCCCUAUUCGUGAGGGAAGAAAUCCACCGCGAUCCCGUCACUCGCAACUUGGCCCACGAAUAACUGAUGAUGGGAGUCGUUCCGGCCUAAGUAAUCUCCAUGAAAUGGUUCUAGACGAAUUCUUAUUGAGGGCAAAAGCAAAGUGUGAACAGAUUAAGAUGGAGAAAGGUCUUCGGGAUCAACCAUUUCCCGAUGCCAUUCUCCGAGAAAUGGGAAUUAGGCUCCCCUCUACCCUUGACGAGCUUCGCCGAAUUCGUAAUAUUGACCCCGACAAGGUUGAGCGGUAUGGCUCAAAAUUCUUGACUCUUAUUGCCAGAUCGAAAAAACACUAUGAAGAUAUGGCCGGGUGUUCCAAUGUUCUGGAACAGAACGAAGCUGUUCACGACCCUAACCAUGAGAAUGUCGUUACUAUAAGUAGUGAUGAUGAGAUGUAUGGUGACUGGAGUGAAGACGAGCUAAAUUGUGCUGAGGAAGCCCAAAAACAAAGCCCGUACUUCCCGCCGGACGAUGUAGCCCCAUCAUUCAAGGCAAGAGUUUCCCAGUUUGAGUUCUCCGAGAAUGCUGAAUCGUCACGGCAAGAAAACCGCUCUAAAUCUAACUCACAACGCCCAAGGUCACGCCAGACCAAUACUCGGCGUUCUCGCCCUCCUAAAUCGUUUCGCGGAAGCAAAUCAUCAAGUAAUAAGUUUAACAAAAGACCCCAAGGCUCUAAGUCUGGGAAGAGAAAGUCUUCCCCUGCUGCUUCAAGGCCACGAAGUAGCUCAAAACCUGCAACUGCGCGUACUCCUUCUAUUGGAAUGAUGCCGACAUAA